GUUGAUAUCAACAUGGCGCUUGUCAGACAGACAAAGACAGUCGGUCUGGUGUGAUUGAGCCAAAAAAAAAAAAAAACAACCCCAGGAAAAAAAAAAAGAGAGGGAGCGGGCUAGGAGGAGGGAGCGGCAGGAGGAGCGCCGGGCGGGGAGGGGGCCGUGUCCUCGGGGGGGGGGGGGCGGGGGGCCGAGGGAUUUCCUCCCCCCUAUUGUUCUCGCCCCUCAGCGCCCCCCGUUAAUCCCCCCUCAAUCUGGGGCGGGGGCGGGCGGGGGGACCCCCCCAGUCCCGCCGGUCCAUGGUGAGGCGGCGGCGCCGGCAGCACCCAGAGAAUGGUGAAUAACACUGAAGACCCUCAAGAGGCUUUAUAACGUCCCAUCCCCAUGUAAAGUAUGCUCAGAACUUUUCCAGUAGUCCUGCUGGAAACCAUGUCUCACUACACGGACGAGCCAAGAUUUACCAUAGAGCAGAUAGACCUUCUGCAGCGCCUGAGACGCACGGGAAUGACCAGGCACGAGAUCCUCCACGCUCUGGAAACCUUGGAUCGCCUCGACCAAGAGCAUAGCGACAAAUUCGGGAGGAGGUCUGGCUACGGGGGCGGUUCCUACGGCAACAGCACCAACAACGUGCCGGCCUCCUCCUCCACGGCCACAGCCUCCACGCAGACCCAGCACUGUGGGAUGUCCCCCUCGCCCAGCAACAGUUACGACACCUCCCCGCAGCCUUGCACUACGAAUCAGAACGGGAGGGAGAGUAACGACAGGUUGUCCGCCUUCAACGGGAAGAUGUCGCCCACCCGGUACCCCCUGGCCAACAGCCUGGCCCAGAGGUCCUACAGCUUCGAGGCCUCCGAGGAGGACCUGGACAUCGACGACAAGGUGGAGGAGCUGAUGAGGAGGGACAGCAGUGUGAUAAAGGAGGAAAUCAAAGCCUUCCUGGCCAACCGGAGAAUCUCCCAAGCAGUUGUUGCACAGGUAACAGGGAUCAGUCAGAGCCGGAUCUCCCAUUGGCUGUUGCAGCAGGGGUCGGACCUGAGUGAACAGAAGAAAAGGGCAUUUUACAGAUGGUACCAGCUUGAGAAGACAAAUCCUGGGGCCACACUAAGCAUGAGACCAGCUCCUAUCCCAGUAGAAGAGCCAGAAUGGAGACAGACGCCUCCCCCAGUCACAGCUACCUCUGGGACCUUCAGACUACGGCGAGGCAGUCGGUUCACGUGGAGAAAGGAGUGCCUGGCAGUCAUGGAAAGUUACUUCAAUGAGAAUCAAUAUCCAGACGAGGCAAAGAGAGAAGAAAUUGCCAAUGCCUGUAAUGCAGUUAUCCAGAAACCAGGAAAAAAGUUGUCGGAUUUGGAGCGAGUCACCUCCCUCAAAGUGUACAACUGGUUUGCCAACAGGAGGAAGGAGAUCAAGAGAAGAGCCAAUAUCGAAGCAGCAAUCCUGGAGAGCCAUGGAAUAGAUGUACAGAGUCCGGGAGGCCAUUCCAACAGCGACGACGUGGAUGGCAACGACUACUCAGAGCAGGACGCUUGGCAAGUACGCAACGGGGAGGAGGAGGGAAGAUGUUCAGAGGGAGGCAGAGAAGCAGAGAAGGUAGAAGAAGACAGGAGGAUCUGCUCCAAACAAGCAAGUUACACCCCUCACACCACAGGCAGUGAUGACAGCACUAGCCAUAGUGACCACCAAGACCCCAUUUCCUUAGCUGUGGAGAUGGCAGCAGUCAACCACACCAUCCUGGCACUGGCCCGGCAAGGAGCCAACGAGAUCAAGACAGAGGCUCUCGACGACGACUGAUACAAAGAGAGGGGAGGGUCAAAGCAAGAAGUAACUUAGUUUUAGACGUAGCACCUUAGCAGACUUUCCUCGGUCCUUAAUAUGUGUUCUUACAGUAUAACUUUGCAGUUUCUUGUACGUCAGUUUAGCUGUUAGGGUCUUGUUCUGUGAAGAUGGCAUGGUGCCCUCAGCCUUUGCAUAUACUCUCUCAGUAUUAAUUCCCAAUAAAUAAUCAAUCAACCAACCAACCUCCCCUCUCCCGGCCCCAAGUGGCUAGAAAAAAAAAAAAAAAUCAAAAAAAAAAAUCAAAAAAAAAAAAAAAUCUUGCUGCUCUGUCUUAGCAUUCAAAGUGCUUCCAGGUAUUUUAGACAGCCCUCGAUUCCAAGUCUUAGGCUACACUUAAAAACCUUGGAUAACCUUAGAGAUCGUGUUGAAACAAUAGUCCGUACGCUUUCCCUUCCCUGAGACUGAAAGGAUGCAAGCUGAGGUAGUGGCACAGGGUCGAUGGACACCACACUGGGAGCAUCAACAGAGAGUAAAAAGAACACUUAGAACCCCCACUUCAGCCUGGGAAUAAAUGAUUUCCAGCUGCAAUAAGCCGUGCCUCACUGGUCAUACAGUGACUUGAUCUACUUUUGGGUGCUGUGCUGAGAAUGUCCAUUGGAAACACAUUCCCAUAUUUUCCGUUGGCGUUCACAUAUUCAACACAGACAUCCUCUGCUCUCACAAGCUGCGUGGCUUAGUGGAGAAGUGCUGCCUUCUGCCUCUGGGACCAUGGGUUGAAGCCCAGCCUGGGAUCAAAUGACAAAUGAGCUGAAUGUCUAAUGGACAACAGUCCACUUCUCAGAACCACUAUUCCUUUUUGGCAUGGCUGGCAGUGCCUGCUCAGAAGAGGUCUAGACUCUUAUUGAUCUGUCAUUAACUAUUUCACCUUUUAUUCCUCCUCUCGCCUUCUCUGUCCCCGCCCUCCUCCCCUCUCCACUUUGCCACUUUCGAAAGCAAUGUUUUCCAGGAAGGUUGUUAAGGUCAUAAAAUGGGUGAGUGGAUUUUUACACAUCUGUGUAACCGAUGCCUACGUCCUGAGUAGCCUGAAAGGUUGUUGGAGAACUUUGACACCUGACCUUUGCUAGAGAAACCAUCAGAGCAUAAAUAUUCUCCUAAAUAUGAACUUUUUUGUUUGUUUAAAGGCAGGAGGAUCUCUUACCUGAGAAAUGGGGUGUGAAUGUUUUGUGUUCUCUUUACUCUGUCUUUGUUAAGGUGUGAGAAAGCUAUACUGCUACGAGCAAUUUAAUUAAUAAUUGGAAGCCAUACUGAUAAUGGAUGUGGUAAUAUUUGUAAAGCAAACCUACUUUAAGUAGCAGGAACUAAUGGAAUUGUUUUCCUUGAUCAUAUGUAGCACUUUUGUUACUUUUUUCUUAAAGAUAUUUAUAUUUGAUAAGUCUUUUUUUUAUCAUUUGAGAAUUCCAAAUACCAAACAGCAAACUUGCAUUGCAGAGUCACCCUGCGAUCACCUUGUCAUCUUAGUAUCUAAAUGAUGAACUGUGUGUGCAUCUAAGAAAAUUACAUCUGCUAGCAUUGUGUGGAAAUGAUCUCCUGGCAUCCUGAUAAAAUGAUAUGUUGCUGCCGGUAAGAGGAAACAUUUUGAUGGAAACAGCACGGGAAGUGUUAGAGACGGGCAAGAAAAACGUUAACAAGGAAAAAAAAAAAUUAAAAACCCGUGGAAAUUUUUGUACGAGAGAUGUAUAAAAAUCUCCACAGCGUUUCCUCGACAUUCCAUUUUACCUUCCCAGUUUAUGUGGGAAUAGCUUAAAAAAGAGGAGAACAGCUCAGUCUGAGGGAUGGGCUUCCCUUUCUCUCCCACUUUGGAGGCAGAGGGAACGAAGGGAAGUUGCUGUUACUCGCCUUGUUCUCAUCCCUUCCUCACUGUGAACUCUCAGAGAGCAUCGUGAACCCCUCAAAUGUGGCUGCUCAGCAGGUUUUUGGCCAGCCCAAACCCCUCCAGGCACAGGCUGACGAGAUCAGCUUUACAUCUGUUAAUCUGGGGGAAAACUGCUGACCCGAGUGUGGAGGAGAUUUUGUGCUUUCAGAGGGCACCGGGUUGGCACCUCUUUGUCUCUGUACCUUUGAAGAUAUAUAGGUAGGGCUUGGCCUCGACUCUCACUUAUGGAUUUCAUUGGAAAAUUUAUGUGCUUUCCUUGGAUAUAGAUCACUGAAGCAGAAUGAAGCCGUCUUUUUUUUUUCUGUUUUACUGCAUUUCUCGAGUAGGCAAAUUCAUAAGUAGCACCGGGGCAGACUCAGGAAAGGCAGGACUGGGAUCAGCAACGUUGCACCACUGCAGUUCUUUUCUCACUGCUUUGUAUGAAUGUUUUGGUACUAAGGAGGGAAAGGACGGGGAGAGCUUUUAUUUCUAUUUUUGCACAGCAGAAUGAUCGAGCAAACUCGAGCCUUAGUGGAAUUUUACCUACUUAUUCAUUCCACAGUCACACACCGAGCUGACAAGCAGCAUCCACGAUUUAUAGUAAGGAGAUUUUAAUAAUCGAUGACCUCUUUACGUUGGUCUUGCCACCACCAUUUGUUCUGGCUGUUUCAUUUUAAAAAGAACAGACUCAAAGUGUUGGACAGCUGCAAUUUUGAAAGAAAUAUUGCUUACUAUAGUAUCUGUAAAAGAAAAAAAAAAGUCGUUGUUUGAGGCGUUGCCUUUUUAAAGCAAUAGGGGAGAAUGAAAAUAGUAUUAGGACUUGUGUAUCCUGGUUUUAGGUUCAUGUGAUGCAGGAUCAAAGUAACACCACUGGAACUGUAUGUCUGUACCAUCAAAUGUAGAAUUAUCUGGUCUUAAUUCUGUUUGUCACUGUCAGGAAGCCGCUGACAUGAUGCACCAGUAUCCUCUCUGAAGGUUAAACAGGUAAACAAACCCCUGGUGAGCGACUGGAGAGGAGCAGAUCCUCCUUGGCUGCAGCUUCCUGGUAAAUCCCAGUUUUCUGCUUUCCCACAUUUCCCUCUUACCAGAGGAAAUAGCAAAUAACUGGGGAAUCAGACACUUGGGUCUGUGGUGUCAGUGUUUGGGUGUUUCUGUCUGCUUUGGCUUUUCUUUAUGCGUCAAGAGGUACGAGGCAGGAGUGAGAGCCCGGCUGUUCCCGGGGUCUUUGUGGAAGGCUGUUUUCUUGAUUUUGGAAGAUUGCAGUGAGCAAUUUGCAGUUAGUGAAUUACCUUUUGGUUUGACAUUAAUUAGCCAUGAUGGAACAGAUGCUGGUGUGAUGGUACCAGGAGAAGUGAAUGUGAUCUGGAGUAAGUGAAAGAAUUGGUGGAGAGUGUCUCCUGGAAUUUAGCCUUUCUUCUGGUUUUUUUUCCAUGUUAUGGGACUCUUCUUUGUCUUUCUGUCUCUGGACUUCCUUGGAAAUUAAGCCUCGUUUUUAUAGCAUUGCAGUUCAGUUGUGGUUUGUUGUAGCCAGUCUGGAGUUACUGCAGUUUGUUCUUGUGUGGGUUCCCUUGAAGUGGAUCUGGUGGCAGACCAGAUCUACCUUUUUGUUCUGUGAAUAGAGAAGAAAUUAUUUAAGAUGCUCCUCCUCUGUGGUGGGCACAGGUUGCUUUUAACUUCAUAGGGUAAGUUCUGGCUGUUACUUUUUCCCUCAUAAAGUCCUUAUACUUGAGUUGUUGUCUCUUACCGUCUUCUUAAAACAACAAUUUCUACCUCCACUUUUUUUAUGGAUUGUUUUUUUAAUUCCCCCACCUUUUUCUCCUGAAGUAUGAGAUCCCAAACGUUUGCAAAAGCAUUAUGAAUUGAUAAAAAUCAGCAGACUUGUUUCUGUUGAUCUUCUGAAUGCUCUAUAAACAUACAUGUGAUUAUAAUGAAAUCCCAUUACUCAUGUGUUGGCUUUGAGUCAGCAGUGCACUCUUGUAGCAAUUAAGGGACCUCAUUAAGAGUCUUCAGCAGGUUGUGGAAAGGGAUUAGAGCUUUCUGUCCAGCAUUUGUGGGACCCUUGUGUGGGCAGGAGGUGUGAGGGUUGGAGCACAAAUUACAUGGAGGGAGAUCAUAAGAGCUGGGUUUGUCCAGGCUGGCUCUGGGGACGUCCCGUAUUUUGGUUUUUGACUGUCUUAUAGGUUGGUUUUAACUGGGGGGCCUGUGCAGGGUCAGGAGUUGGACUUCAGUGAUCCUCAUGGGUCCCUUCCAACUCAGGAUACUCUGUGGUUCCAGGGGAGGCAGAGCCAGGCUCUUCUCAGAAGGGCACGGCAAAGAUGUGAGGGACAGUGGGCUAAAGUUGCGUCAAAGAAAAUCCCAGAUGAAUAUAAAGAGAAAUAUUUUCCUACUCAGAGGGGCAGAACAACAGUCUGAAAAGGCAGUAGAAUUCCCAUCCUUGGGGAUAUUCAAAACUCAACUGGACAGGGUUGGAUUAGAGACCUCCAGAGGUCUCUUCUGACCAAAAUUAUUCUAUGAUUCUGUAACAGAGCUGCUCAGGUUGGGCUGUUCCCUAGUUCUGAUUUAUACAUGUUGACUUGUUAAAAGAAAUCCUCUUAAUUUGUUGGGGUUUUUUUCUGUUUUGCUGUUCAUAAAAGUUAACUUUUCUAGUUUACUAAUAGAGAGGAGCUUUAUUUGCAGGGUCUGGCUCCAGGCUCCAGUCAAGCCAUAAGUUAGAACUUUCAUUAAUUAUUUGCUCUGUUUACACAGUUCUUCAGGGAUAUUUGACUUAACUCUGUUUCAUUGCCUAACAUAAGACUGGUAAGUUUUUCAUGUUUUUGUAACAUUUGUGAUUUGUAGAUCAGUUUUUGCCUUCAUUUGUGAGGGUUCAUCCUUGUCUUGCUGCUGAAAAAUUCCACAUAUUGGAGGAGAAAUCGUGGUUCAUUUAAGCCCACUGGUGACUACUGUGAUAAGCUACAAAUUCUGGGUCAGUAAAUCACAAAUUGAUCAUUAUCAGAAGCUGAAAGGGUUUGAUGGGGAAAAAGUCACAUUAUAAUUGCUUGGGUCCUCUUUCCUUAAGUGUUUGCUGUUGGCCACUGCUAGAAAAAAGAAACCCAUGGUACUUGUAACAGGGUUUCAUAAAGAAAAAGGUUUGAUUUUUCAUAUGGAUAAAACCACUAAAAUUAGUGUAAGAAUUUCCAAAACUCAAAUUAAUUGCUGCCUUAAUGCAGGAUUGUGGUUCCCUGGGUGUGAGCUUAACUCCAGUCCAAAGCUGGAGUCACACUUUUCCCUGCAAAUUACUAAGAUUCAGUGUGAGAUUUUGCCCAUAAUCCUGAGCUGUGGAUGUUCAGUUGGAAAAGAUCACACUCCCCCCCCCCUUUUUAUCCCUGGAAUUGAGCUUGUUUUAAUUAAUAAUUUUCUUAGCAGAAGGUUUAUGUUCCUCCUCCCAGCCCAGCUCCAGCAUAGUGCAGCCCUCACCUCCCAGUGCUCAUCAGCUUCUUUCAAACUCACUGAAUAAUUAACCAGCAGAUUUUAGGAGUUUCUGUUAAAAUAAACUUUGCUCUUAUUUCAAGCCUUGCACUCUGAAGUUAUUUAACUUGAUAUUGUUAUUUCAAUCAAAGUCUUAAGCUUUGAUUUGGCAAUAAUCUUUGGUUUGGGGUAGCUUUUGGCAGGACUCUUUGGUGGCAGGAUUGGUCUUAAAACUGUGUUCUGUGUCAGUGACCUUAAUAUGUGUUGAUGGCCCAGAUUUGGUGUGUGUUUGUGGCAGCAGUCAGGGCUGUAUCCUGAUCCCAGCCAUUUUAAUGGAGUUUUGUGGAGUUGGGAGUUUUCACUGUGAUCCCUUGGAAGGGAAUGUUGAUGACCUGACCAGAAAGUACCUCGCAGUUCCCAAAAAGAGUUACAGAGACAUUUCAAACUAGAGCAUUCCCUCUUGGGCUUUUUAGCAGCUGGGAUAUUUACUCAGGAUAUUGGAGCAGUUCUUGGCCAACAGGCAUUUGGCACAGCCCUAAAACCUUCGUUUUAGCCUCUCCUACUGUUGUCAAAUUUAUGGGGUUUAAACUGUCUGACUGAAGAUGUUGCACAUUGAUGAAAACCAGAGGCUUUCUGGAGAUGGCAGCUACAAAUCCAAAUUUGAAAUACACAGAAAUUAUCUUCUUUGUGAGAAAUGUGUUAUCACUAGAAGAGCUGGGUUGGGUGUUUUGAGGACUGUCAAUAACAUGACAGUGAUUUGAUGUUGGUUUUUGUCCAACAAAUAUAAAUCAAAUCAGACCAAUGGAAGUUAUGUCAGUGGCACCAGUGAGACAGAGGCCUUGUCACUUAAAAAUAGGCUGGAUUUGUUUGUUCCUGCCUGUUUUCAUGUGGCUUUCAUCCAAGAAUUGUGGUUUGGGUGCGAAGAGACCUUAAAGGUCGUCUCAUUCCACCGCCCUGCCAUGGGCAGGGACACCUUCCACUAUCCCAGAUUGUUCCAAGUGCCGUCCAACAUGGUCUUGGACACUUCCAGGAAUGGGUCAGCCACAACUGUCAUGGAGAUAGAAAAGGAUUUGCUAUUUGGAGUGCAGGGGGAAAAUUCACAAAACACUUUAAACGCCCCUUUUAAUGAGGCUGAUCCAGAGAAUGAACUAAUGGGUUGGAUGGCUGCAGUGCUGGGCUCUAUCCCAUUCUUUCAGGAAGGUCUGGAGUGCUCCAGCCAACAGCUUAAGCAGGAAUGAACCAAAAGCAUUGAACUGGAGUGAGCUGGUGAUGGGCCUUUGAUGUUUCUGUAUGUACAGUGCAUCUCCUCCUCAGAUGGCUUGGCAGGAGCCUCUCCCUGCCAUUUAUUCCCUCUCAGUUCCAUGGCAGCGGGUGUAUCCUGCUGAUCAAAACACCCAGCACACUUGUGCUAAAUCCUUUCAAACUGCAGCCAGGGUAAUUGGGAUGGGCAGGAUAAAUGCAUGGGAGUAUGGCAGGAGAAGUGAUGGCAGCUCCUUUGAAUGACUGGGUGUCCCUGACGUGUAAUUAGCUGCUUUAGAGCGCUGGGGAUUGGCAUGGUCGCGAUUAAAAGGAUUUCUGUCUUUUCUGUGACUGAAAACAGGAGAUCCUCCGCCCCCUAAUUCUCUUUAAUACCACUGUUAUUAGUGACACUUGGAACACAGACCCUCUGUAAACUUAAAUAAUGACCUAAAUGAAUGGUGACUUACAACAGCAGGGGCUGAGCUGAGGCCAGUUUUCUAUGCAAAGCUGCUUCUCCUGGUUUUCCGUUCCCCACUCCAUGUACGUGUCGCUUCUCAGUGAGUUUUGGAGACAAAAAGGAUGUUUAGUUAUGUGACAGAUUGCCCAGGGGCUGGUUUAGCUCUCCUCGUUGUUUUGGGGUUGUAGAGGUGAGGAAGGUGAGCCAUGAACUCCACUGAACUCAUCUCAUGUCACCUCUGCACUGUUUGGUCUCCAGUCCCUUGGAGCAGAGAAUGGAACUGGCUCUUGUGUCCUCCUCCAAUUCCCCUUCCUGGUGUCUCUUUGGAAGCCUCACCAGAACUUGUUGCCACGGUGUCCUCGAGCUCUCUGCUGUCCCAAUUAACAUGCUGUAGGGACAGGAGCUAACUCCCCUUUUCCUUAAAAAACCUCAGAAUAUCCUGCACCUGCAGGUUUGGCUGGACACCAUCCCUGCCAUUCACCAGCGGUGUGUGGUGGUGACCCAAAAUAACACCAUCAUUUUUCCCUGACAAGUUGCUAGAUUCUCAAAAAACAUCUGCCAGAGGGUUUUCUGUGCCUUUUAAUUCUGUUUCUGUGAAUAUUUGUUGGCCCUUGAGCACUGCAGAGCUUGAGCUCCAUUUUUACCCUCAAGUUGACCAGAUUUUUCCAUAGUGCUGUUCUCCCACUGCAGUCACUUAUCAGACAGGUUUCCGGGGUUUUUUGGUGUGUGAAGAGAUUCUUAGUCAAACUUACUAAAAUGAGCACCAUCAAAAAAGAAUUUAGGAACUUCCUCAAGCUCUUAUUUGAAUCUUCCAGUUACUUCUCAGCUUCUUUGCACUGAAAUCCUGGUGUGACUCUCACCCAGUGUCACUGUGGUUCAGAGCAGAGCUGUGGGUACUUCAGUUCUUCCAGCACUACACUCACAGUACCAAUGGGAACAACUUCUUUUCAAGAAUAUACAUUUUUAGGUGUUCACUUGCUGCUGUCACUGGCCUCAAUUCAGCUUCCUGCCCUCCUCUCCUCGACUAAUUAAAGUCUUCCAUGUAACGCUGAGAUGGCACAUGGAGCUUAAAUAACCCACCUCUUUAAUUAAGAGGUUGAAUUCAGCCUUCUGAGAUAUAUUUGACAUCAUUUGAGAUUUAAAAAUACAUUUUACUUACACAGUUUAUCCAUCAGAUCGCUCGAGGAGGGCAAAGAGAUAAUGAAAGUAAAUUAUUAAUUAAUAUCUCUCACCCAGUAUAUUCCAUUAAGAUUAUUAAGCAUAUAUUCCAUUCCUCAAAGCACAUUUGACUUUGGAUAUAUUUUUUUUUAAGUCUGCUGGUGAAGUUUCUGCCUCUUUCUUUGACAGGGCUGUAGUGACAGGGCUGAAAACAUCCUUCAGGAGCAAACCAGAGCCAGGAAUUCUGAGUAUGAACUCACUGACCAGGUUUUCCAUUUCAUUGCUGCAUUAUGGCAGGUGAGCAGAUCUGAGCCCAGAGUGACAUGGACUCUGCCUGCCACAUUCAAGCUGUUCUUCCCUUUCAAAGGUUUGAUGGAAUUUUGGAGUGGAACCAGCAGCAGGAGCAUCUCACCUUUCAGCGUGUGGGAUGGAGGGGGCUGAGUUUAGGUGGAGGUACAUUAGGGUCAGAGUGGUGAAGAGGAAAUUCCACAUAUUGUUGGGGAAGACCCAGCACAAAAUCUGUAACUGCUCCUUGAGAAGAGGAAACAUCCCGGAAUCUUUAUUGAUGUGGUAAUUGAAGCAGCUGAGGAGUUGUGAUGGGAAUUUGAGCCAUGCUCUUGUUCAGUUUGUUGCAGGGGCAGUUCCCAGAAUCCCAGAAUGGUUUGGAUUGGAAGGGACCUUAAAGAUCAUCUCAUACCACCCUCUGCCAUGGGCAGGGACACCUUCCACUAGCCCAGGUUGCUUCAAGUCCUGUCCUGCCUGGCCUUGGACACUUCCAGGGAUGGGGCAGCCACAGCUUCUCUGGGCAACCUGUGCCAGGGCCUUAUCACCCUCACAGCCAAGAAUUCCUUCCCCAUAUCCCAUCUCUCCCUGCCCUCUGGCAGUGGGAAGCCAUUCCCUGUGUGCUGUCCCUCCAGCCCUUGUCCCAAGUUCCUCUGCAGCUCUCCUGGAGCCCCUUUAGGCUCUGGAAGGUGCUAGAAGGUCUCCCACAGAGAGAGUUGCCUCUCAGUUUAACUAAACUUUUCCAUCUUGGCACAGCUGCUCAUUGGGCAGGAACUGGUUAAUUCUACACCACUUCCUUCCUUUAGAGCUUUUUAAGUCACAGUCCUCUUUCUCCAGGUGCUUGGAGAAGAUAGAUGCUCUUGAGAUGAGGGAAUGUUUAUAAAUCCAUUGGAUAUAUAUGGCCAGGUUUUAAAGAAUGAUGUGAAAAAGGCAGAAACUUCAAUUAGGGGAUUUUUAUUUCUUCAUUGUUGUAUUUGGAAGGGCAGGACGGUUUAUUCAUCCCCUUGGAUGAAGUUUAUGGAACAGGGAGUUUGCAUGAGGAUUGUGGGAGGCCACCUGACAUUCAGGGUCUCCUUGUAGGUGACAGACUGGUCCCUUCUGGCCUUAAUUGUAUAAAUCUGUGACUCCAAAGAGGUGGAUCUGUCUUUUACCUUUAUAACUUGUUACAUUGAGUAAUCUGUAGAGAUUCGAGUUCUGCAGGGGUUCUGUGCAGCAAGAACUUUCCAUCAGAGAACAUGUUGUGCCUUAUGUCUGUAACCCAAGUUCCAGUUCUGUUGAUAAAUCUCUUUUACCCAAAACCAUUCAACAUGAACCAAGUUUGAUCAGUCACCACCGUUUCUUUCCAGCUGUGGUGCCUCAAGCAACUGGUUUCCACAAAUCCUUUCAUCAAUUGCCAGAGUGCUUCAGAAAUAUCUCACAAGUCCUCUUGCUAAACUGAUGUCUCCUUUCUUUCCUUCAUGGGGCCUGUAUUUCCUUGAGGGAAUUCCAGUGGAGUGUUCUGAGCUGUCCCUCCUCCAACAGCUCUGAUCAUUCACUUACAAGUUGAUUCUUGGUCCUGAAUUUGUCACAUGUUAUUUUCAAUGCUUCUUCCACAGGUAGUUUCUUUUUAUCUUCCAUCCAAGCUCCUUCACAUCCUGAUCAUCCUAUUUUUUCCUAGUUUACCAAUGGUUUUUUCCAUACUGAAGUGCUCUGACCUGAAUCUGUUGUUUUUACAGUCCCCUAAUACAGGAUAUAUACUGUUUCCACCCUAAUAAAAAGCAAUCCAGUGUAGGGCUGAAGCUUAGGUUUGAUCCAGCCUUAUGAAAUCUUCCCAACUUUCUGCUCCAGGGUUUUCCCAGCAUGGAAAACUAGCAGCUCUGCCUUCCCUCACUGCAGUUUGGAUGCCUAGAUAAGAAAAUCAGGGAAAUAGUGACUUCUAAGUAUAAUAAUUUAAAUUAUUUCUUGGACUUCCAUGCCCUCUCUCCCCUUUCACUGUCUUGGUGACUUGUGCCAUCUUCUUUCUCACAGAAUCCCAGAAUGGUUUGGGUUGGAAGGGACCUUAAAAACCAUCUUUUUCCACCCCCUGGUGUGGGCAGGGACACCUUCCCAGCUUGCUCCAAGCACCAUCCAGCCUGGUCUUCUCCUUCUGUUUUCCCUGUACAGGCACUUUAUUACCUUCAAACAGUGUAUUUCUGGUUAAACCUCUUUGAAUUCCUUUAAUACUUCCUCAGUCCAAGUUUAGAGACAUUCACCUUUCCUUUGGCCUUUCAGAUGGUGCUGUAUCCAUUAUUUAAUUGAAGUCUAAAUUUAUAUUGUCCACAGCAGAGAGUAAAUGUGACCAGUUUUGCCUACUUUCACCCUUAAAAAAAAAAUUAGCUCAUAAAUUCAACCAAUUUACAACAGGUUCUUCACCUGCAGCCUCCUGUGUGAGAGAAGGUGGUUGGAUCAUGGAAGAGGGACAAGGUGGGAGCAUUUUUUUCAUGGAAUCAUGGAAUGGUUUGGGUUGGAAGGGACCUUAAAGCUUGUCUCAUUCCCACCCCUGCCAUAGGCAGGGACAACUUCCAUAGACCAGGUUGCUCCAAACCUUUCUUGUUCCAUUUUAUUUUGUCUUGCUUGCUCUUAGUAUUGGAACCUGUUUUAAAUUGGAGUGGAUUUUCCUGGUUCAGGUGCUGUUGCCUGCUUUAAAUAGGAGAGUUUGGGACAGGAUGCCUGGAUUUGCACAGCUUUCCCAGGAGUGUGGUGGUUCCCUUUGUCACUUUGUUCACCCAGGGUUUGGGAUCACUUUUUGCAGCCAGAGUAACUUAUUAUUAUUGUUGUUAUUAAGUUAUUUCAGAUUUUAAGAUGAUUGGAAAAACUUGAAGUUACUUUUCCAAAUGAAAAAGUAGAAAAAGCAGAGUUUGGAUUUUGAGCUUCCCAUCUUUCAGUGGAUAACACUGAAUUUUCUAUUUCUUUUUUUUGGCUUCUGCCUGAAUUUGAGUGUCAUCUUGAGAAACUUGUGCUGAACUGAAGGUGGUGACUGGUUUUUAGUUGCUGUGGGACCAGAGCCCUGUUUGGUCCUUCCUGAGGGACAGAUUUUCCAUCCCAUCACCCGUUGCAAUACAAACCCAAAAACAAAAACCCCUUUUUGCCUUGAUUUUGGCUCCGGGAAUGUCUCAGCAAAGCCGACCCUCCUUAAUUUUGCUGCCAGAGUUGUCCUGGGUGGUUCCAGGCAGCACUUCUCCCACCAGUGCUGCUGGCUUAGACUGGGAAAGCCCCAUAUCCCUCUGGAAGUCAGAUGUCAAAUCCAGUAGGAUGAAGCGACAGAACCCCCCCGGGGGAAAGGCUCUUACCUUAAAGAUAAUCCAGGAAUAACAGGUUUAAACUCCCUGUAGUUCCAUAGCAGUUCUGUCAAAGGGUGACAAGUACAAGUCAGUUGUGGCCAUGGGGAGCACUAUUUUCCUGACAAAUUGCCUUGGCUGUCUUCCUCUUGGUCUUCAUGAUCUUCCCAAGGCUGCCGAAAGCCCGGGAAGUGUGAAGUGUGUGCAGUACUUUUUGAAUUUUAGGGUUUUUUAGUUAGUGUCAAUUUUAAAAGUGCCUAAGUGAGGAACAGGACUCCAGAGUGAGCUGGAGGAAUAGGAUUAGACCUCAUUUCCCUCUUAAGAAAAGAGCCCUCCCUGCAUCCCUCCACACAUCCCUCCAGAUGAGUCCAGAGCCCGGCAGAAUCUGGCUGGAAAAAACUCUGCUCCUUCCUCCUCUUGGUUUUCAGUCUGGUGGGGAUGGGGAGUGGAUCUCAUUUCUCAGCCAAACCUUUGCAAUCUCUGAUUUGGGGUGGAUGGCAAAGAGGGGGGAAGCCUGGAUAGGAUUCAGUAGGAAACUGCCUCUUGGAUUGCAGAUCCAAAGGGCCUUGUGUGUUAAACAUCCACCUCUGGAUAACCAGACUCUGGAUGGAAAAACCUAAAAUGCAUCUUUAAUCUCUCAUUUGGAAUCCCAGAAUGGUUUGGGUUGGAAGGGACCUUAAAGAUCAUCCAGUCCCACCUCAUGCCAUGGGCAGGAACAUCUUCCACUAUCCCAGGUUGCUCCAAGCCCCGUCCAACCUGGCCUUGGACACUUCCAGGGAUGGGGCAACCAAAACCUCUCUGGAAUCCCAGAGGCAGUUUCUUCCUAUAUUUUGAAUUAUUUCUAGGUUUAUCAUAGUGGCACCUGCUAAACAUUUUAUCAAAAUAAUCCUGACUGUUGGCAGGUGGUUAUAAUUUUGUAAAGGUGAGAAUUUUAUGUGGGUUUUAAAGGAAAAAAAAAAAGAUAUCGAUGGUAGUUUAAAAAUUUAUGUUAAAGGAGAAUUUCUUCUGACCAGAGUGAAAGGAGAUAACAGAACACUAUGAAGGUGUUUUAGUACCACUUAAGGGUUCAGCAAAUGAAAGCAAUCCAUAUGUAGAUGUUUUAUUUUUCAUUAGGAACAAAAUGUUUUCACUCUGACAACUGAACAUGCGAGGUGGGAAAGCCUGGGGAAUGUCUGUUGGCAAGGAAAGCUGUGAGGACUCUUCUGCAGAGAGCAGAAAAUCAGCCUGUAGGGUGUGGAUGGGAGUUGAUAUAAGCAAUGAUCCUGUGGGGAUCCUAAUGGGAAUCAAGAGUUUGUGGAGCCUGUGGCACACAAGGACCCUUCCCCUGCUCUGAGAUGCCUUUUUGAACUGAUAUUCUUCUCUGAACCAAGUGAUUGUCACGGACAGUGGGUGACAACAGAUCAGUGUAGGGAGUGUCUCAAACCUAGAAGUGAAAGGGUGGUGGAACAGCAUCAGAGCCACACAAAAAUGGACCAAACCCCCAGAAGAGCACGGGGGGAGGGUCAUGCUCCUCCUGUCCAUGUUUGUGUGUCUUGGUUUUGUCCCACUGAUCUUGGCUUGGGGGUCGUGCCAGCCGUGUCUCCAGGUCAUGGAGGGGCGUGUGGGAUGGCUCCAGUCGCCUCCUGUCACUCCAUGUGUCACCAGAUCAGUGAUCCAAGAGUGUCCCAUCCCUGCUGGUCGCUCCAGCGGGUCCUUUCCUGUCCAUCCCUUCCUCUGUUGGCAUCUCCCACCUUCCUGUUUGUUUGCCCCGACCAAACUGGCCCCUGUGUCUCAUCUGCUGUAGGUGUCCCACCUACCUCAAGAGGCAAAACAUGGGAUCCUGGAGUGGUGUGUUCCCACUCUGGGCUGUUUUCCAUGAGCACUCGCACACACACACACACACACACACACACUGGAAUGUAUAUUCUCCUCCCCCUCGCCCCCAAAUAACCUCUUGACCCGAUCCUUGCUGUAGCCACCACCAACUCCUCUUGCAAAUUGGAUGCUGCUUUAAAUGUGAAAACAAAUGUUCAAGAAGCUAUAAAACCUGAAUGAAAGCUAAAGCUGAAUUUAUAAAGCCUUGUUGCAUAUGAGCCAAAAGUGCAAAAAGCUCUAUAUAAUGAACUAACCUGCCACUCAUAUAAAUAUAAAUAUAUAUAAAUAUAUUAAAAUCAGACUGUUCUACAAAAUUGUGUAUUUGUAUUUUUGUGUACGUACAAUUUUCUGCUAAGCAGAAGGAGGAUGUAGUAUAGGAUGAUGUGAGAAGAGAUUUUGUUUAAUCAUAUUUCUUUGUUACUUAUUUUUGUUAACAUCCAGAUGCCUGUCUUUGUCUUAUGUGUAUGACACUGUUCCAAAGGUGCAGUAUCCCUCUCCCGCUCCGCCUUCAGCCUCCUCCACCGGGAAUGAGUCAGGUGAUGCUGCUCAUCAUCAUCAUCUUCAUCAUCAUCAAACCCUUCAGGUACACCCCGGUCUUGAUCUUAAGGGCUGCUCGUUCAGCUUAAAGACAAGAUAUUUCACGUUGCUCAUCAUCAUCAAGUCAAAUAUUCCUGUGCUGGUUGAUUCCCUUUCGUGUGGUUGUUCUCUGAGCACCAUCCCCAGUCCGUGGUGUCCUUGCUGCUGUGGCCCUCAGCCUGACAUUUCGGGGGGGAAAACAUGAAGUCAGAUAAAUUUGAGGGGAGGAUGAACAGAUCCUCGUGGUGGGAAGUUGUUUAUGGAUAAAGAGGUACCAGGGGAGCAGUGGGGUGUCCCGGGGGGGAUAUCUGGCAACACCAUGAAGGGGGUGAUGGAGGAAGGGGCCACGGGGAGGUUUGUUCCCCAGAGUUGGCUGCUGAGGGGGAGCUUUGCUUUCAGGAAGGCAGGUUGGAGAGGUGGUGGGUUGUAACUCUCCCUGUGCUGCUUCAGGAACAUCCUUCCAUCCCAGGGGCAUCUCUGGUGGCUUUGGGGCAGUUUGGGCCUCUGAUUCAAGGACAGUUGGAGCAGCCUUGUGAGACAGGGUCCAUCUGCUCACAAUGCCCUUGCAGUGAAGACACUGAUGGUUAAGAAUAUUCCAAAAACCUUCUCCAAAUCACUGCCUUUACCUGCAAGGUGCCAAUGGCUCAUUGCAAGGAGAGAAGGAAUAGUUUAGAAAACUUGAGACCCCUUGGUGUGUUUGGGAAUUGUUAUUUAUCCAGGGAAAGAAAGGGUCAGAGGAGAACUGGAUAAAACAGGAUGCAGUGGAAUAACUAAGGCAGAGCUUUGGGCACGAGGUGAUGGAAGUUCCCCUUCAGUUCCACCCCAGACCCUUGAGGAAACCAGCCCAAGUGUUCCCACCCGAAAUGCAGGUGAAGGUUUAUGUCCCUCACACACCUUCCUCUGCUGGCAGGUGCUGUGAAAACCCCAAGUAUCAACCUCUUCCCUUGUGUCCUUUCCUGCUUUUUUUCUUUUUUAAUUUAAUGAGAAUCAUUCGUUGUUUGAACCGACCCGCGGCCCAGGGAGAGCGAUACUGCACCUUUACACGUAGGGCUCAUAUUUAUAACAAUGUGUAAUGACUGUAGCAAAAGUCCUUGUUUCUGUAUGUGAAUGGACAGAGAAACAAGUGCUCUAUUGUAUUGAUUAAAAUAGUUCAAAUGAGUCCUGUAUCAUUGUAUCUCCUAUUCUGGAUUAGUGCCUUUUGGACAGUAGACUGUUCUGUAAUUAAAAUGUAGUAUAACUGCUUUUUUGUACAGUUUUGUUUUAAUAAAACUUUUUUUUAAUUUGUGUUUAUUUUAGUAUUGUACCUAUUAGAAAAUAAAAAUGUAUAACUCAACACUGA